GGCAUUAAACCAGAAAAACUCAUGCAAAUCUUCAGUCCUCUGAGAAACUGAGCCUUUUCCUUCUGCUUUUGUGCAUCCAGAGACAUUUGACAAGCAGACGCAUUUACAGCAGGUACUACCUCUCCUGCAAGCCCUUCUCAAAUGCCUUAGAUGAAGACCCAGGUCACCAAAGGAUUUAUUCAUUUGUAGCCCUAGGUACAGAGUGGCUUAAGCAGAAACAGCUCAAACAUGGCCAGUUGGAGAAGAGAGCUGGAGGGGUUGUUUCUGUUCAUACCACUGCCCAGCACAUCAGCGCUGCCUACCUCCUCCUGAAGGUCUCCAGUGAGAUGAUUUACACCCGUUCUCAUCUCUGCCUCAUCUUUCCUAAAAGAAACGAUCAUGAUUAGGCAAAAACCUAACCCUACACCUCCUCUCAAACAAGAGAUGCUCAGAGGGAUGCAUCCUUCAGACAGAGACCCUCCGGCAGUGGGAGGUUUAUCCCUGUGUGUGAACAGGGAGCAUUGCCCCUGCCAUGAGGUGAGGAUGAGAGGAUGGGUACAACUAUUGCUCAGCAUCUCCAUGAGUUAGACUUCUCCCUUGAAUCAGGGAAUUAGUCAUGCCCGAGCAAGGGUCAGGAGGCAGAGGUUUGCCUGUGAGCUGGGCAGCAAACCCUUUGAGGCACCACGGAGCAGCAUCAGGGCAAAGCCAGUAAAAGGGGGAAAAAAAGGAGAAAGGAACAAGUUCAACAGCUCUUUCUGGAUGUGCACCAGUGGGGCAUUUGGGAAUUACCCUCUGGAAUUGCAACUGCUGCCCCUUUUCAGUCAUGCUAUGAUCUCCUGGAGGUUUCAUCUGCAAGGCUGCAAUGAGCUGAUCUCAGGGGGCACCAUCAGAAUCCUCUCCUCCAGCUCUUGUUUUUAAUUCCCUAUGUCCUGACACACAUGUAUUUGCUUUUUGAGGGGCUAAGCCAGUAAAGAGAGCUUAAAUUGGAUGAAAUUCUCCUGCUUGGGAGGAAGUGGGCAAGCAGUAAUUGCAGUAACUUGACUGUCAGGAGGUUGCAGACUGCAGCCCAAAACUGAGAUUCUUAGGGAGGUAUCAAUCCUCUAUUCACUCUGGGGACCAACAGGGUAGCAGGCUAGGCUGCAGCCUGAGCCCACUGCUCCAGCCCUGGAGCGAGGCAAGAGUCCAGCCCCUACUCUGGUAGGGUUCUCCAUGGUUCUCCAUGUCUCUGCAACCUCUCCAGCAUGAGGAUAAAGUUUUUGACCAUAUUACCAGCAAAAAGGGGAUAAAUGUGAGGACAAACACCACCACUCCCCCCCCCCCAUGACUUCUAGCUCAACACAACCUCGGUCCUACAUGAUCUUUCCUUGCCUACGUGUCCAACCAAGAAUGAGGGCUAUCAGGGGAGAUAAAUGUAUGUGCAGUGCAUCGUUAUGGAGCUAGCUCUGUAUCCUUGCUGUGACCAGUGGAGCAGGGUGAGAAGGGUGAUUUGUGCCAAAACUGGGGCUAAGCUGGGAGUUUUCUCCUGGCAGUGGUUUUCUGCCAGCAAUAGCAGCAGAGCCUGGGGGUGUCCAUCCACAGAGCAGCUCCUCAGGCCCCCAACACAGUGGUGCUCCAGAGCACAUCCCUGCCUGGAGCUUGCUGGUGUUGCUGCACGGCUGCCUGCUUGGGAUUGCCACUGGGGCUCUGGCCAUGGACCUUUGUGCCCCAGCGUGGCUCAUGGCUUGUGGGAUCCUUGCAGCAGUGGUAGGGUUGGUGUUGUGGGGGUUUGAGCUGCCUGCGGGGCACCCAAAUAGAAUCUGAAAGUCGCAGCUCAUGGCCAGCGCUUCCCUUUCUGCGGUUUCCUUCUCCAGCUCAGCAAAUCUGGCUGCUCUGACACAAUUUUCCUGGUAUGAUGGACUAAUUUUCUUUCCUUGAAACCCUGUGCCCGCCCCGCGGCCAGGGAUAAAAGGAGGGCAUGGCCACAGGGCUGAGCAUUGCGCAGAGGAGAGCCCUGCAGACCCCAGCUCCAGCCCUGCUUGCAGAUCCCUCAGCCCCGCAGCACCAUGAAGGUCUCCGCAGCCGCUCUGGUCGCUCUCCUCCUCGUGGCCGCCUGCUCCUCAUCUGAGGCCCAUCUCGACGGUGUCCCCACCACGUGCUGCUUCAGCUACCACGAGCGCCCCAUCCCACGGCGCCUCAUCACCUCUGCCUAUAUCACCAGCAGCAGCUGCAGCCAGCCAGGAGUGAUCAUGGUCACCAAGAAGAAGGAGCUGUGCACAGACCCCCGGGCACCCUGGGUGCAGGCACAUCUGAAGCACUUCCAGACCCUGAAGAACUGAUCCUUCCCCGCUGCCACCGCUGAUGCUCCUCAUGCUUCCCCGGCGGGCUUGGCUUCCAGCCCCAGGCACGCAAGAGAGCACUUAAAUUGCAGCCUUCUUCAAUGGGAAAGCUUAUUCUAUUUAACUUAUUUAAGUUAAACAAAGUAUUUUUUGCUAAGAAAAGGAGAAAAAAAACCCCAAAAAUAAAAUGUAUAAAAGUAAUAAUUUAAGCUGAAAAUAAUUUAAGCCAUAUAAAUUUGCUUGUUAAUGAAGAGUCAGGAGUUUUGAUGCCUAAAUAAAGUGUUUGUGUUUUCAA